UGGUUUUCAGUUGACAUUGACGCUAAGUUUGACAGUGAAGAUUUGUUUUGUUUUUAUAUAAAUGUUUAUUGAUCGCUUGUCUCAGAAAAUUAUUGAAUGAAAAGUCUUCUAUAGCGUGCAAAUUAAUAGCGGAUUGGACAAAUAUGAUCCCGAAUGAAAUUUUCGCUGAAGAUAUGAUGAGUACUGUGAUACGUUACGGCUUGUACAUCGGAGCAGCCUUUCAACUGAUAUGUUUGUUUGCUUGUGUAACGCUUACCGACGAGCAAAGUGAACCGCAUCCAUAUGAAAAGGCCUACACUGACAGUGAUGAAUGUAGCUCUGAGCAAUCAUCUCCUGGUCAUCGUGCCACUAUUUCUCGUGCUAGACGGCAUGACAAAAAGAAAAGGCGUUAAGUUUUAGUAGUUUAAAAUGUAAAGGAUCUUAUAGGAAUCGUGUAUCUCAAUGUUUAUCUCCUAUAUGAAGCUGGAUUAUUUAAAUCCACGAUGUUAGAUUUAAGGUUAUAAGUGUGUAAUUCAUUAUUUUAUGCAAAGUAUGUUAUUAAAUAUUUUUUAUUUCUACUGUGAUGA